AUGCAGAAUCCAUUUAAAACAAAGUAUUUAGAAACUUUAACAUUUCUUAGGAGUGGUCAAGUAUUCAGCAUGGAUAACAAUUCAAAAAUAUUCAAUUACUCGAAUAACUUCUUGACUGUUACCUCAAAGUGCGAUUACAAUCACCAUAAUAACUUAUUCAAAACUCCACCAAGCUCUUCUAAAAAUAGAGACAGAAGGAUAUCUCAGCUAGAGGAAUCUCCAAUCGUGGAAUCAAUAAGUUCAAACAAUGAUUCUCAAAGUUUGGAAGUUAUUAGAGAAGAACCAGAAGGAUCUUGCUUUAAAUUUACAAAGUCGAAAGCCAGAGAAUGCACUCCUCUGCUAUCUCCACCUGAUCAUCUCCAAUCAACUUAAAAAAAGAACAACUAUAUUACCUUUGGAGGAUGCACUCCUCACUUCAAUAAACAAGCAUAGACUAAUAAUCACGGCUUUUAGAUUGAAAACUCGAAAGCAGUGACAAUAGAUGGAAACUCUUAUAUUGAAAUGGGAAAUAAUUAAAAAGAAUACAAAGAUGAGAGCAGAAGAUAGCUAUUUACAAAUGACUUGAAUGAUGGCGAUGAUGAUAUCAUAGAAGAGGACUAAGAAUCUUAAUUGAAAAUUAGCUCGUUUAUAGAUGGUAUAUUAGACGGAGAGAACGAGGAUUAAUCAGAAUUUUGUUAGUAAAUGCAAUCAUCAGAAGAAUUCAAUUUCAUUGUAAGAAAUCUCCAAAUACAAGCAUCUCAUGAAAUAAUGAGAUAGUUUGAAGAAUUCUAUAAUUAGAGAUAAGAACAAAUCUUAUAACUCUUCGAUGAUUAAGCAACCUUUGAAUUCAUGAAUAUUUAACAAAGUCUGCAGACUUAAGAAGCCCUAUCAGUUAUGGAUGCUGAAGUUUUAGCUAUCAAGCUAGAUUAUUAAACCUUGUCUAUCGACUAAAAUGAUGAGGCUGGGUUCAAGUUAUUCUACAUCACUUUCGAAGGAAAUUUGUAAAUGAAGAAUGAGCAAGUUGAAAAAAGGUUUAAGACAUCAUUCAUGGUUGAGGGUCAUAUCAAUUACAGGCAAAGAAUGUAGCAAUUACAAGUUCAAGAUACAAUGGUAAAAGUAAAAGCUACAAAAAUGAACGUUUUUUGA